UCAAAAAGUAUAGAACUUAUAGUCACUGCAGUUGUAAUUUAGUCUGUGAUUCUGUUGAUAGUUUUGUGCAAGAGCUGGUUUUAUACCUAGUGCUGUGAAAUAUUUCUCUAAUAAGAAAAUUUCUUUUCUGCAACACGUUUUUAUCACAAGUGGUUUGAUGUUUUCACAUUGUUCAGGGCAUAAAGCAAUAGAAUGUUAUGCAGUAAUUUCUAGGUGUCUGUGUUUUUUUGUUUAUUGAAGAAAUAUUUUCCAUUGAUUUUGUUUUGUUAAUGAAGGUUUGGUGCUAUAGAAGCAAUGUUUAUACACCUAUGAUGCUGUGAAUUGGGAUAAGGUCAAUUACUCUUGAUCACUGCGCCUAUGUUCACAGUUAAGAAAUUGCUCACAGGCUUAGAUUGUCUGUGCUCCAAUAUUGGUGAAUACUUAAUAACAGAGUAUGUUACAAAUAUAUUGUUUACAGUUUCUGUGUUAUGCUCUGAGUUGUGUUGAUUAUUGUGUUAGAUUUGAUCAAUACAAAACUGUUUUUGGUUGUACCGUGUGUUGUAAGUAUAGCUUGAUUCAUUUUGAAAGUGAUGCUGUUAUGUGGAAAACAAAUCUGUUUUAUGAAGAAGAAUACUGUUGCCUAGUGAUAGUGAAGAAUUGUGCUGAAAGCUCCUUCAGUGAAGACACUGUGCUACAAGAUUAGAUGAAAUUAACAGAAAUGUAUAUAAAGAAAGAGCCAGGGUCUGAAGGACCUGCAGUCCCUGGUGAUGAUCCUCAGAGCCGUGUGUGUUUUGUGUGUGGAAAUGUUGGUCAUCCAGAACAUUUCUGGUUGCGAUCAAAGCCUGGAGCACCUGGGGAAGCAUAUUUCCCAUUUCUGGAAUCCCAUGAACCUCCUGCAGGCUACAGAGAUCAUGUAGUUGCACCUGAUGGACUGCGAGCGUGUUGUUAUUUGUGCUAUUCAUUGUUACUGCAGCAGUGGGAAUGUCAUGAGAGAGACGGCACUCCACAUUCACGCCGUCUGUAUUGGCUGAAACGUUGUGACAAUGGACCAUAUACGGGUGCUGAAAUGGCUGUGCAAGGAGAAUAUGCUGCACAGGUUCUUGGUCUCAAUUCUGAUGCAACCUCUAGGGAAGCGAGUCGACCUGUGUCCAGAGAAGGAACUUCAAGCCGUCCAGGACUAUCACCACGCCUUCAGUGUCCACCUGCUAUGUCUGUAGAUGACUCACGAGGGUCAGAAGCAGCUCUUGAUCUUCGUCAUGCUACUAGGGAAUCUCCAUCUGCCCCACCUUCAGUCAGUGUACCAGCAGCACCAGGUCCUUAUGGUGGGACUGGCCCAACAGGAACAGAUAUUUUGGACCUCAGUAUGCCAGACAAGAAUUCAGCUACAGAGGUCUGUUAUGUUUGUGGUGAUGAGUACAAACGUGGUUCGCUCAGUCAUAUAUCAGCCAAACCUUUGCCAUCGGCAGCUCCACCUACAAGUGAAGCAAGUGGCAAUUCUCCUUUGCCUUCUCAGUCACCACAGCCAUUCUUCCCCAGUCUCAUGUUACACCCAAGGCCUGCGCGCUCUCGCCCCAUGGAUUCUGCAGGUCGUGUGCAGGCCUGUUCUGCCUGCCAGCGGCACCUCCUGCAUCAAUGGAAUGCGUACUCUGCUCAAGGUGUGCCACAUGGUGAUCGCAACUAUGUUUUGAGGAAACGCCAGGCGCCAGCACUUGACACAACGACCUUUGUCUGCUACACAUGUGCACUUGAGUAUCCCUCGUCUUCAAUACGUCUCCUCUAUUGUUGUCCCAAUCCAGAGAAAGAGGCGUAUUUCCCUUUCAUUUGCUCUCUUCAACCCCCACAGGGUGCUAGUCCAAUAUCACCACAGGGAAUGGUGCAAGUCUGCUCAAUUUGCUAUAAAUCCAUACCACAGAAGCAUCAGGUUUUUGGUGGCAGUAACCAUCACACAGAGCAGCAGUGCCCACCAUCUCGUUCUCCGGCAAGUGCAGGUGGCGGUGACAUCCGUUUCAAACCAUAUGAUUUAGGAGGUGGUGCUAAAGUACCAAGUGUCCGCCGAAAAACUUCAGUUACCAGUGAACCAGCAACUCUCUCCUCUGUGCGUAGUUUACCCCCACCUGCAUCACCAGGACAGCCCCAAUCAAUACCUCCCCCAGAACGCCAACAAAAUGGUGCUCCACCUCUAACCAAUGUGAACAACAACAAUCUGGGGCAGCAGAACUAUCGAUGCUACAUUUGUGGUGGUCUGUAUGCACGUUCUCAAAUGGAGUGGUUAAGUACAAGCCCAGAAGGCAUGAACUCACAUGCCAUGCAUUUUCCUUGUCUCCGAAAUGUGACUCGCACUUCAGAAAAUGCGUGCACUGAUUCUCAUGGUCGGAUCCUCGCUUGCACUCGCUGUGUCAAUCACCUGACACAGCAGUGGGAAACCCUGGAGGCUGAACGAGUACCCCUGGAACGCAGGAGGUACGAUAUACCCACAUCAUUGGGCGGUGGAUGCUGGAAUGGUGACACACCUAGUACAAGUAGUUCCCCAGUUCCAUUGGGACCAACACAUAUAACAGAUCGCUCUAUUACAUCGGGAAGCUCCAUCUAUUGCUUUCUGUGUGGGCUGCACUCUGACCUCACUCUAGCUCGUGUUCUCUAUGGGCGGCCACAGGGUCGUAAUGCGCCGUUCUUUCCAUUCCUCCUCCGUCAUGUGUCACCACCUAAUGCAGAACAGUUACGAGAAGAUGGCUCAGCACUUGUCUGCACCUUCUGCUACCAUUCCUUGUUAGCACAAUGGAGGCGUCUGGAACAAAGUGGACCUCCUGCUGACCGUCGUGAUUACAACACACAUGACUAUUGUUGCUAUGUGUGUGGCAUUACUACAUACCGCAAGCGGGUUCGAGCUCUGCCUAUUAAGGAUUUCCCUUUCUUGAGGUAUCACAGACAACCUGAGAAGAGUCUUCUGCUCGAAAAUGGUGACUUUGCUGUGGUGUGUCUCGAUUGUUAUGAGACUCUGCGCACACAGUCUCUUGAAUAUGAGAGGUGGGGAUUGCCUGUAGAAAAGCGUGAAUACAAUUGGAUUACACAACCACCACCACCUGAGGAUUCGCCAGAUGCUACUGUUGCGAGGUUGCCAUCAGGAGAACGGUCAGAAAAAUUGGUACCACCAGCCCUUACGGCUCGCCCACCACGAAAAAAUUGUUCACCAAAGAACCCAGACAAAAAAGUUAGUGGGUCUAAGAAUCCAAAUGGUCCUGAUAAAACGGAACAAGGUCUGCCUGCAGUCACGAAAGCAGCGGGUCCUGUAGGCAGCGGCCACUUGUUAGGGUCUCCGGCAGUGGGUGGCGCUGCGCCACAUUCCGGAAAACAGCACCACCGGCCUGGAGUGCCACUGCCCGGUGGUCACACGGUACCGGGACCGGGUCCAGGGCCCGGCCCGGGGCCCGGACCUGGAGGGCCGCCCCCGCCCGCUGCUGUUGCACCUGCUGCCCCCGGCCCGCAACCACCGCCUCACUCGCAGCCUCCUGCCACUCAGCAGCAGGACCGUUCCUUUGCCGCCGCCCUGCGAAAACUCGCCAAACAAGCUGUACCACCCUCUGAACGUGAAUGUGAGGGGGAGCCACCACCAACCAGGCAAGUUUCGCCCAAGAGCCGGGGUCCGCCACCCCUUGUUAGAGGAACUUCUCCCACAUUGGGAACCACUUCGCAAGACAGCCGUAAGGAACGCACAUCUCAUGAGCAACAUGGAUCAUCUCGUGGUAGCUCCUCAAGACCAGGAGAGGAAGUCUUUGGUGGUCGAGGUACAGCUGCUGGAAGCAGUGCUGUCGCUCCACCUGCUCCCGAGUCCUCAGCUGCUCCAAUGUUGGCACGUAGUGGUUUCCAACCUUAUCGGCCAGAGGAGUCACGAAUUGGACAUCCGCCCCCACCUCUGCCUCCUGCUGCAUUUGCCUUGGAUCCUACUGCUGCAACAGCUUAUGCUCAGUAUCACCACGGCCUGUACCCCACACAUUUGCAGCACCCCUAUGGCCUGGAAGGACAGCUAUGCUUGGAGCGUUGUGGAAUGUUACGUUCACCAUUAUUUCCACCUCUACCUCCUACAACCUACCUUUAUGGGCUGCCACGGUAUUCUCCUGAUAUGCUUCCAACACCCUUUGGAGUUAUAUCACCAGGCAUGCAUGAGCGACUGAAACUGGAGGAAGAACACAGGCGAAUUCGUGAAGAAGAGAAGGAACGUGAAAGGGAACAACAAGAGAGGGAAAGGGAUAAAGAGAGAAGAGAGAAGGCAAAGAGAAGCCCAAGAGCCUCACCCUCACACCAUCAGGAGUCUCCAGCUAGGAAGGCGCCCAUAGGGGGUGGGCGUGACCGAGGGUCAGACAGUCGGAAGGAACCAGGAGAGACAGCACCCCCAAGUAUUCAUAGGCCUCCUCACCCACCUCCACUGAUUGCUCCAGGUUCUAUACCUACACCCACAACUGUGACUUUGCCACCUCCAUUACAUUCUGUUCCGCCUCCUUCUGAAUCAGAAUUACACAAAGGUGCUCUUCAUCUUGGACAUUUGCAGCGUCUUCCUUACCCUCCAGGAGCACCACCACCUCCACCAGCACCACCACACCAUCCCCGCCUGUCAACUUCUACACCUCCACAUCAUGUUUUACCACCACCAGUGCCACAUUCAGCAGCUACUCCACCUCAUCAUCAUACAGCAUCUGCUACUCCACCCUCACAUGUCCCAACCCACACACCACCACACCACUACAUGUCUAGUCAACAUCCACCACCACACCAGCGUACAAAUAGCCUCCCACCAUCCCCUCAGCAGUUGCAACAGCAACAGCAACAUCAGCAGCAGCAACCACCAACAGCCCCACUGCCACCAACCUCCUCACAGCAACAGCAGCUGCAAAUUCCACAUCUGCAACAGCAACAGCAGCCACAGCAGCAGCAGCAACAACAACAACAACAGCAGCAGCAACAACACCAACUCCAACAGCAGCACCAGUCACAACUACCCACCCUGCCACAGCAGCAGCAGCAGCAGCAACAACAACAACAACAACAACAACUGCCGCCGCAGCAGCAGCAGGUGCAUUUACAACAACCAUCCCAGCUACAGCCUCAGGCACAGUUGCAAUCUCAAGGACAGCAGCAGCAGCAGCAACAACAACAACAACAACAACAACAACAACAAGUGCUUCAACAACCCAAUCACCAGCACCAACAUUCACAGCAGCCUACAAAAAAUAUCCGAGAAGUUCCAAAUACUGUACCCGCGUUCGUGAGGCCUUUUGAAGACAGUUUUCCCCAGCAGCAUAGUUCGAGCAAAAGACUCAUCCCACCAUCUCAGCCUCCUGUUCCGCCAGCUUCCUUUCCAUCACCUGUGAAAGACAAAGUGAUUUCUGAAACUCAUAGUGUGUUACAAGUGCCAGAAACAAGUGCAGCUCAGCCAGUAAUUACCAAAAACCACCAUGCUGUACAGUAUCUUCAUACAGUGUCUUCAGCAGGUAGUGUAAAUCAAAAUAUCCCUGUUACAAGCAAUGGUCUCAAAUGUAACAACAGUCAUGAAGAUGUAAGGACUACUCACUUGCCAUCGAAAGAUGGCAUAGUAAGCGGUUUACAGGUUCCCAUUAGUGAGUGUAAUGUCCAAAAGUCUGGUAUUACAUUACUGAGAUCUCAAAAUACAAUCUCUGGUCCUGACAUUGUGAACUGCCAGAAGCCAGUUACUGUUGAUAGUCAUCAGCCACCUGUUUCGCAGCAGCAGCAGCAGCAGCAACACCAACAGCUACAUCAUCAUCACCAUCAUCAGCAACAGGUGCAGCCGAUGCCACAGUCUCUAGGACAGUUUCCUGUCCAACCAGCUGGUCCUGUGCUGGACAGAACUGCUUCAAAUCAGCCACAGCAUCACACAUUCCUUCCACAACCAGUGUCUCAGCAAAAUGUGCACCAGCAAGAUCAGUCUGCAUUCCAAAUGCCAUCAGGGACCCCAACACACUUGCAACAACAACAACAACAACAACAACAACAGCAACAGCAAUUGCUGAUUUCACAGCAGCAGCAGCAGCAGCAGCAGCAGCAGCAACAACAACAACAACAACAACAACACCAGCAGCAGCAGCAACAACAGCAGCAGCAGCAGCAAACAAUACAGUCAACUGCCCCGCAUGUGCAGCCACCUUCUCAACAUAAUUCGCAGCCACAGCAGCAGCAGCAACAACAACAACAACAACAACAACAGCAGCAGCAGCAGCAGCAGCAGCAACAACAACGACAAGAACAGCAGCAACAUAUUCUGCAGGUGCCACACCCUCCGCCCAUAAUUAUUGUGCCUGAUGCUGCCAAAGUAUUAGCAGCAGCAAAGGAUCCAUCAGGGCCUAUGUCAGUGUGGGAUUACCAUUAUUGCAGCAAAAGCAUUUCAAAUCAGAAGAAUUUGGAAAAUGACAUACCCGUAACAGCAGUAACAAGCAAACUGGAUCUCGCUGAACGCCGCCGUCGGGAAAAGAGAAACCUGUCAAACAAUGCAGCACCCGCUGGUUCUGAUUCUGAAGGAGAGGAUCAAGAUGUGCACCUUUCUAUCUGGCUAACCAAAGGACCUCCAGCUGAAUUGGACACAUCACCAAAGAAGCUCAAAUUCCUCAGCAUGUUUGGUCUGACAACACUUGCCAAAAGAAAUGAAAUGGAGCUUCGAAAACUUGAAAGGCGGCUUGCUCGUAGCCUCACAUUGGUACAAUUGGAGGAAAUGUCAGUGGUUCCAUCUGCUCUUGAAAGUAAUGGUACCGAAUCACCUCCACUUCCACUUAGUUUACCACUACCUCAAGAUCACCCUGAGGUAUUAGUGCGCUCUCCUGAUUACAAGAGCAAAGUACGCUUCCUGCGUUUCCUGGGGCUUGAAGCACUGUCCAAAAAGGAUAGGGAAGAGAGUGAACUGAUCUGCAGACUGUUCUCGCAGAACGAUUACGGCGGAAGUGUGUAAAUUCUGUGGCAGCCUAUUGCAGCAAAGCUGCAGUACGCUCCAACGUGCCCUCAGUCCAGACAGGGAUAAAGAAGUUGUAACAACUGUAACAAUCCAGCCCCAGGGCAGAAUGGUGCGCGCACACUGACGCCCUGCUGCUGCUGUACUGAUACAGGAUGGCGUCAAGAGGUGGGCGGCUACAAGCAGCAGUAGUUCAGUCCCAGCCUUAACAUUACCUCUGCCAACACCUUUGCGACCUGAGUGCCCUGAUUCACCUUUGUCCAUAGAGGAAGAAUGUUCUCGCUGGAAUGGAGUGGAAGAGAUCUUUGAAGCAUACCAUAGAUAUGCUGCAGAACGAGCAGAAGAAAGGCGUGUUCUUCAAGAACAAUGUACAAGACAGUACCGGUUAUUGACUGAACGGCGCCGUGAAUUAGAUGCUCUCGAUCGGAGACGGCGUGAUUUAGAAGCUAGAAAGAGACUGCAAGAUUGUGAGCGGCAACAAAUUCAGGAAGCCAUUGAUAACCUGUAUGCCUGCCUGCAUCGUCUACGGUAGCACACCGCAACCAGGAGCCAGAUGCGACCCCGGUCACGCCCACGCCCAAGGCCGAGGCCGUCUCCUCAGUUGUCUGGUUCCUGUGCACCUUCUGCUCUGUGUGUGUGAGAAACUAGUUCUGCCAUGCAUGCUAAUUCCCUUUGUAAAGGGCACGUGGCAUCAUUGGCCCAUCUCUAUGGUACUGUCGUUGUUUGCUUGUCAUUGAGCCUAAAGAUUUGUUAAACUUGAUAAAAGUUUAUACUGAAGAAGCACAGCAUUAUGCGCACAGUUCUGUCCCAGCUGAUCUAAAGAUUAUGUGUAGUGUCAAAUUACAUAGAAAAACAAAAAGUGAUAAGUGGGACUCAUUGCUUGCUGUAGAUGUGUAUGGAGAGCUGUUUCAGCAGACUCCAUUGUGCCAUUGCGUUUUGUUAUUAGAUCAUAUUUUUCAUUUCUACAAAUUCUCCAGGCUGUUUUUUCAUCGUUCUUACUGUUGUGUGCAACACUUACUGCUAGUGUAAAAUACAAAAUGUCCCUGUUCAGUUGUUGAUGUUUGAGAUGUUUCAGUAUUGUUUUUACAUAGUGCUUACAAGCAAUAUGGUGUGUUGCAUGGUACAGUCUUUUAGUGAAAUAGUUGUUGUUUGUGCUCUCAUGCUGUUAUGUGUUGAAUCUGUGGAAAUGCAAUAUUUGUGUUGGCACUUCUAUCUCUUGGUACUUUGGACUGAAUAUUUGGUGACAAAGGAAAUUAUCAAUUUCACUUUAGAUUAUAACUGUUCUUUUGUGAACACUGCAAAAAUAUUGAGAGAGCGGGGUACCAGGGUAAAAACUGUUGUGAUCAAAAGCUUCCUUAAAUCUGAAAACUAACUUUAAUUUCAUUUUAGUGGAAGAAAUUUUUUAUAAGUUUAAAAAACAUCUCUUUGUUGUAAUUUCAACAAUUAUGAAAAAUAGAUUGCUACUCACUGUAAAGAUGACACAUUGAGUUGUAGACAGACACAACAAAAAGACUGUUACAUAAUUGUUGAUAUUCCAACCUGGACUUUCGUUGUUGUAAUGGUUACUUGAACAUUACUUCAUAUUCAUGUAUACAAAAACAAAGAUAUAAGCUGUUAAAAGUACAUCUCAUUAGUGCAGAAUAGAUAUUAAUUAUUUUUGUUUGUUAUCUUCCCCUGCUCUCUUGAAAGAACUGCUGUUACUGCUCAACCUUCCACAUUAAUAAACUAUGUGUCUAAAAUACAAAUCCCCCCCCCCCCCAAACCAUUAAGUUUUUUCACAUCAUUCAUUAGUGUGUGUUUUUUAGAUCAUUAUCUUCCUGUUACCUAAGGUCUUCCGUGAAUAGACAAUUAUUUGUUUCUGUAAUGUAUGUAAAUCACAGUGGCAGAGGUGUUUUAGCAGCUAAUGCAUAAUCAUUUGGAUUCAUAUAUAUGUCCCACCCCCCUCUCCCUCUCCUCAUUUACUUUGCAGAUGAGCAGAAUAAUGCCCUCUUUUUGCUGGGCAGCA